AUGGAGAGGGAAACUCUUUCGGAAUCAGAAGGCAGUAUAUCUUCACCGCAAAAUGAACCUGAUAUCAAUGUAUCGAUUGGGAUCACCAUCGACAGCAUUGAAAAUGUUUCAUCUAUAGAAUUGAUGAGCCAAGGAAGUGUACAAGUGCUGAUACGAUUAGAACACAAUGGAAUUAUUUUAGGAGAAAGUCCCCCUAUUAUAUUAGAUAAUGAUGAUGAAGCUCCAACGACGAUAUACGUUGAUUAUAAAUCAAUAUUCACGAUUGGGAUGAAUAAUGAAAUCAGCAUUGGUGCUGCAGUAUCUACACCAAUUUUAAUAACAGCAAUGGGUAUCUCAAAUGUUAACGAUGAUAGCGUGAGUCGCUCUUUCGAAACGUCAGGAGAUUUUGAUGGAAAAAAUAAAGGAAAACGAACUUCUACUCUGAAGUUAAAAACUGCAACAGAACAUCAAGGCCCCAUUAUUCUCGGAAUCUGCAAUUUUGAUAUCAUACCAUUACUGUUAGGCGAAAUUUCUAUGAGGGAGGAAUUACUAUUAGAAAUACAAUGCGAUAAUGCUAGAGCAUCCACUAUGCCUUGGAUGAUUCUACCACGCAUAAUUGUUUCAGCAAGAAUACUUGAUUCUAAUACAUAUUUUCCGGGUACGAAAAUUAAUUUUAUGACGAUUACUGUGGAGAGUAUUUACAAUUUACCAUCUUCUCUGACGGAUGAUUUGGACUACAAAGCAAGGACAGUCAUUUACCACGCUGAUAAAAUUCAAGAGAAUGUUAUUUUUCACGGCGGCGUGAGGACAAGCGUUCCCGACUUGGAAAAAUUUAAGUGUUGGCAGUUAUUGGCCCAUUUAGAAGGAUAUGCAAAGUUUACAAAGUAUAAAUUGAACGAUUCUGUUACAAAGAAUGUACUUAAGGAUGAGAUUGAUCUGAAGUUAUCAGAAAGUGAGCCCAGAGUGCAGUGGAAUUCCAUGCAACGCUUUUGGGUUUCACAGUCAGAUUCUGAAGUGAUUUUGAAAAUGAUUCAAAGAUAUAAUUGUUGGCCGUUUUUUUUUACUGCAAGUAGUAAGUUGAAGGAUGCCAGUAAGCAAAAAGGCAAUGAAUCUCAGGACACUUUUCUAGUAUUUCAGUGCUAUGCUGAUGUUUCAGAACUUUUGUAUCCAGGAUGUAAGUAA